AUGAAGACCGACUUUUUCACCGUUUCCCUACUUGCUGGGCUCGUAGCGGCAGGCCCAAUCGCCAUCCGACAACUUGGCGGCGGAAAUUCAGUUAGCAUUAACGCUAAGGAGUAUUCCACUGGAGGGUGCAAGCCCAUCAUAUUCUUCUUUGCACGAGGAUCCGCGGAGAUUGGAACCAUGGGAAGCAUUGGGCCUCCAACUGGCCAGGGCCUGAAGUCGGCUUUUGGAGCGGGCAACGUCGCGGUAGAGGGCAUCAGCUAUGCUGCUGCGCUGGGAACCAAUGCCAUCCCUGGCGGAGCUGAUCCAGCCGGAAUCACCGCCAUGAAAAAUCUACUCAACGGCGCAGCUUCGAAGUGCCCGACUUCCAUCCUUGUGGCCGGUGGCUAUAGUCAGGGAGCAGCUCUAACUCACCGAGCUAUCGAGAACCUCUCGGAAGACGUCAAAGCGCGGAUUGCUGGCGUCGACAAUGGACAGAUCCCGAACUUUCCCAAGGACAAGCUUCUCAUCAUUUGCAACUCCGGUGAUGCGAUUUGUCAAGGUAUCCUGUCGAUUCUGCCCGCGCACUUGGACUAUGUUCGAAAAGCCCCAGAGGCUGUCACCUUCUUGACCGGCAAGAUCAAGGCUGCUCAGGGCUCAGGCGCCGUAUCAGACGUAAAAGGAGGCGCCGUACCAGGCGUAGACGCAGGAGAAGACGGAAAAGAAGACGCAGGAGAAGACAGAAAAGGAGACGCAGGAGAAGACGGAAAAGAAGACGCAGGAGAAGACGGAAAAGGAGACGCAGGAGAAGACCGAAAAGAAGACGCAGGAGAAGACGGAAAAGGAGACGCAGCAGAAAGCUCAAAAGGCUGGCCAAGCUUUCUAUCUUUUCUCAACAAUUAG